UUUUACGACAUCCCGCCAUUUUGUAUUGUGGAGAAUUCGUGCUGCUUUGCUGAACACAUCCAGCCACUCGGCCCGCUUUGCUCGCUGCUUCUAAGCUCUGAACGGUUCUGUUGGGUCCGCUGCGGCGCUGGUUCGGGAGAAGAAAAAGGAGACCCGCGAACACCGAGGCUUCCUCCUCAGGUCGAUGGUGAGAAAGUCCCCGAACACCGGAGGAGAGAAGUGAAAGAUGACCCAGUUCCUCCCACCGAACCUCUUGGCCCUCUUUGCGCCUCGAGACCCGAUUCCCUUCCUCCCCCAGCUGGAGAAACUCCCCCACGAGAAGCACCACAACCAACCAUACUGUGGCAUCGCUCCGUUCAUCAGGCACUUCGAGGACCCGAGGGAUGCCCCCCCACCAACCAGAGCGGAGACCCGAGAGGAGCGUCUGGAGAGAAAGAGGAGGGAGAAGAUCGAGAGACGUCAGACGGUGCUGGAGACGGAGCUGAAGCUCUGGGACCCUCAUAAUGACUCCAACGCACAAGGAGAUGCCUUCAAGACCUUGUUUGUUGCUCGAAUUAACUAUGAUACGACAGAGUCCAAACUGCGGCGCGAGUUUGAGGUCUACGGCCCCAUCAAACGGAUCUAUAUCGUCUACAACAAGAGGACAGGAAAGCCCCGAGGCUACGCUUUCAUUGAGUACGAGCAUGAGCGGGACAUGCACUGUAUCGGUUCGGACCUCUGGGCCCAAAGGCUGCCGUCUGCUUCCUCAGCGAUCCCUGCAGGGACCCGUCUGGACCGGGCCGGAUCCCCGAGCCUCGCUCUGCGGACCGGCUCUCCUUCGACGCCUCUGCAGGGAUCUGAUGAGGCAGCAGAUGCUCAGCUGGACAGCAUCUCCACCAGACCAGCGAUGGUGCACCGCCAAUCUGUGAUGGCUAUUGGCCAGAGCUGGCUGGCAGAUGAUGAUGGUUAUGAUACAUCUACACCCUACUACCACAGCUCAGUAUAUGGAGGAGGAUUGGGAGGUACGAGGAGAGGCGGAGCUGACGUCAACAUCAAGCAUUCCGGUCGAGACGAUGCGUCGCGUUAUGACGACCGCUCACUGGGAGGCGACCGCGGAGAGCGAAGGGAGCGCAGUCGGGACCGCGACCGUGACAAGGACAGAGAACGGCGGAGAACCCGGUCCCGCGAACGGCGCCGGCACACCCGUUCCAGGGAGCGAGAGAGGGAGAGGGAAAGAGGAGUUGUAGCAGCUGAAGAUGGCGGCGGUAGCAGCCGGCGUCGAGAGAGAGACCGCGAGCGUGGGGCAACAGGAGGAGACAGCAGGAGCAGGGAAAGAAGUAGGGACCGAAAGAGGAGGAGCAGGAGCAGGGACCGCAAGCGAGACAGGGAGAGAGGCAAAGGCCUGGACGGGGAGGAGGUUAGCCAGGGAGACGGCGCCACAGAGGCUGGGGAGCGCGUGCAGGAGGAGCACGAGGGAGGGGCGCCUGAUGGGACAGAGGAGCGCAAAGACAGGGACAGAGAUAGAGACAGGGACAGAAGGCGGAGCCACAGGGACAGAGACAGACGCAGGGAGCGGGACAGAGACAGGGAGCACAAGAGGGAGCGUGGAGACAGGGACAGGGAGCGGAGAGAGGACCGCCACGGCUCCACGCGAGACGACACGGGCCCCCAGGACAACGUGGCCAACGAGGAGGAGGGGCCUCCAGCCAACAUGGAGGAGUACAGCCAGGACGGGAUGAUGGACCAGCAGUCGUUCCAGUCGGCCGAGGACUACGCUUCAGGCGAGAACGGCUUCAAGAUGGAGGGCCAGGCGGACGAGUACUGAGCCGCUCCUCCAUCAGCGUCCUUGGACUGCGCCCAAAGCCUUCAUUCCUCCAGGGCUUCCUGUCCGUCAUCUGCCUCUCCUGUUGCACGAACAGUCGACUCAUUUAAAUCUCAUUCAAACACCUGUCCUGCAUCGCCCCCGCUGUGUGCCACCGAUGUAAUCCCAGUACCUUAAUGGUCUUUAUUUGUCUUUGUGGGAGGGGGGAGGGGGGGUCCCGCUUAUGGUUUGGUAUGAAAUUGUCAGCAGAAGAAGAACGGGACCUGAGUUAGUUUGGGUUAGUUUGCGUUGAAGGCUGAUGCCGCUGUUGGAGGAUGUGUGGGAGCUGCACAUCGGUCUGACGGCUCGGGUCUUUUUUUAAUCAGCUCUUUCUAGAUUUGCAAGGUAAUUUUAAUAAAGAUGUGGCUGAACAGCGAAA